GCAAGCUUUGCCGCAGCUGACCUUUCUGGUCAGGAGACAGAGACUGAGAUGGCCAUGGACCGACUAGCCAGUGGAGCCCAGAGCAUCCCUAAUGAUGACAUUCCUGCCCACAAUGAGGGUCCGAGUUUGGAAGAGGAUAGCUUUGCUGUGGAGGAGAAGGAAGCCAAUGAGGAGCUGUAUACCUGGGAGCUGUCAGAAGGUCCACCCAUGGAACAGGCUGCUGACCUUUUCAGUGAGGACUGGGACUUGGAGCUGAAAGCAGACCAAGGGAACCCUUACGAUGCCGAUGACAUCCAGGGGAGCAUUUCUCAGGAGAUUAAACCUUGGGUGUGCUGUGCCCCACAAGGAGACAUGAUGUAUGACCCCAGUUGGCACCAUCCACCGCCACUGAUACCGCAUUAUUCUAAGAUGGUCUUUGAAACAGGACAAUUUGAUGAUGCUGAAGAUUAAACGUGUCACUUUUUGGCCUUGUGGGAGCUCCUGUGUUCUCCAGAUCAAGGCUUGUUUCCUGUGACUUCAGUGACAUGGCCUGUUAGAGGCACUGUUCCCAGUGUUCCCUCAGUGUGGGCCACAGACUGCUGUAGACUGGGUCCUGCUGCUCUCCCAUUUUGUUGUUACUGUUGUUAAUGGACUCUUUGGAGUGUGUUCACAUUUUUGUCUAUGUCAGAGUUGUGUCCUUUAUAAAUAAAGGAAGGAAAAAAUAUCUCAGUA